AUGUAUCACGGUGCUAAAGCCAAACUUAAUUUCCCGAUGUCAAAUGAGGAUAACCUAGAAAAUGGCAUUGUAGCUAUAGUGACAAUAGUUGUAACCCCAACUGAGAUUCGAUAUAAGGGUGUUAGGAGAAUGCCAUGGGGUAAGUACAAAGCUGAUAUUACAAAUCAGAAAGUACGUAUCUGGCUUGGGACCAUUGAUAGAAAAGAAGAAGAUGCAACCACUUGUUUUAAGGCGACGAGGAUGUAUCGCGACCUUAAAGCCAAAAUCAAUUUCCCAAAAUCAAAUGAGGAUAACCUAGAAAAUGAGGAGUUUAAUCUUGAACUCACCCUUGCUUUAUCAGCGAGAAAAUGA